UCAAAACACGGAAGCGGAGACAGCAGAAUGCUAAAACUACAACCAGACACAAAAACGUAUAAAAGGAUCAGAUGUCACUGUAACUAGCUGCAUUAUACAUUUAUUAACUUUAAUUUAACCACUCAGUGUAUUUAAAACGUUGUAGUUAUUGUUCAUCUUUAUUUUAUAUUCGUAGUUUAUUGAUGUUGUUCAGAGGAAGCUAACGAGGCUAACAGGUUAGCAUGGGUCACAACAUGUUCCGGACCGGCUUCCUGGUUCGGGCCACACACACCCUGCUGACCUGGGUGAUAACACUCACACUGUUCCUGCACAACACAGAUCUGCGGAAGUGUGAGGAGCGAGGAGAGCUGCUGCUGCCGGUUCUGUUCUGCCUGGUGGUCGUGCUGUCGGUGCUUUUAUACUUUGCUGUUUCCUUAAUGGACCCUGGCUUUGUCCUCACAGACGCUGCGAAGGGCGUUCAGGGCUCCAACGAGGAGAUGGAGACGAUGAUUCCUCAGUCUGCGACCCCUCGGCUGCGGCGCUGUGGAUACUGUCUGCUGCAGCAGCCAAUGAGAGCCAAGCACUGCCAGACGUGUAAACGCUGCGUCCGGCGCUUCGACCACCACUGCCCGUGGAUCGAGAACUGCGUGGGGGAGAGGAACCACCGCUGGUUCAUCGUCUACCUGCUGGUGCAGCUGCUCGCUCUGCUGUGGGCUCUUCACAUCGCUCUGUCUGGGAUCUCAUCCAGCGUGUCGUGGGAGCUGUGGUUCAGAGUGAACGGCUUCCUGCUGGCGGCGCUGGGCGUGGUCGGUGUUUUCUCCGUGGUGGUCGUGCUGCUGCUGGGCUGCCACCUCUACCUGGUCUCCGUCAACUGCACCACCUGGGAGUUCAUGUCUCGACACCGGAUCUCGUACCUGAAGAACUGCGGGGACGAGGAGAACCCGUUCGACCGAGGAGUCUUCUGCAACCUGUGGGAUUUCUUCUGCAUCUGCAGGACGGUGAUGUGGGAGAAAAUGUACCAAAGAAACAACUGGAAUACAGUCUGACCUUCAAACAGACCACAGCUCAACAUCUGGACUCGAGUCAGACGAUACACUCGGGAAGAAAAUCCGUGAUAAACCUCACUGCCGUCCUGCGAGGAUAUGAUUUUUAUUUCCCUUAGCAGUGACCUGUAGCACCAUAAACACCGAGCAUAUCACUGAACACUGAAACACGACUGUUAAAUAGAUAUUUGGGGUAUCUACUAGGGAUGUUACAAUUCUCAAUAUAAAAUCGGUACGGCAUCCACGGUUCAAUACGCGCUUGUGUGGUUUACGGGUUUGUAACGUUAGCAGGCUGUGACGUUAACUGUAAAGUUAGCAGGCCGUCAUGCAGCCAUCAGCUGAUCCAUGCAGACUGGGUGAGAGUGAACAGUGAAGCAGCUCUUCAAACAAAGUCACCACACAAAAUGAGAUAUCAACGCUAGUCUACCAAAAACAUCUGAACUGAAUCAACUAAAAACCACGUAUUGAACGUAUUGAACUGUGGGCUGACUGUAUUGUUGCAUCUCUAAUAUCCACAACUUAAACCAACUUUAUCUUUCAGGUUUUUUUAUCAAAAGAAAGAAAGUAAAGGCCUCCAUGUUUUUUUCUCUCAGGUCUGGUCACCACGUCCUCUUUUCACUUUCUUCUCGUGUUACCGGGUGAAAGUGGUGACCCUAAACGUGAACACUAACUGCCUCUCUGUCUCUUCUAAUGAACGUGCCUUUGCUGUAGUGUGAGUGUUUGUGUGUAAUUGUUUGAUUUUAAUUUAAUGUGAGAUGAUCGUCACACCAGGAAAUGUUUUUUUUUUACUGUUUGUAUUUAUUGACAACAAGAGAAGAUUAAAACACUGAUGAUA